AGGUCUUUGUGGAUCCAUGAACGAAGUGGAUAUUGGUGGUGCUACAUAGUUAAAGAAACAUUUAUUGAAGACCAAUGGGUUGAAAACUUCAGGAUGCGAAAGGAAACUUUUGAUAAGCUUUGUGACUCGCUAAGACCUUACAUAUGUAGAAGAGAUACGUCAUUUCGUAAAUGCAUUCCUGUUGAAAUGAGAGUAGGAAUAUCUCUAUGGAUCCUUGGAACUCCUUGCGAAUACAGAACUGUUGCUCAUUUGUUUGGCAUCUCAAGAUCAUCAGUUUGUUUAAUUCUAAGAGAAUUCUGUCAAGUGGUAAAAGAUAAACUGUCAAAACGAUAUAUAUAUUUACCAGAUAAUGAUGAACUACAGGACAUAAUGCUUACAUUUGAGCAAAGAUGGGGAUUCCCAAAUUGUGGUGGAGCCAUUGAUGGGUGUCAUAUCCCUAUAGUUAGCCCCCAAGAAAACCACACCGAUUAUUACAAUAGGAAGAGG